AUGGCUGAUCACAUAAAACAUGAGCAUGAAUUAAGUUAUUCAUAUAUUGAACAAAAUCAAACAAUGAAUCCAACACAACAAAAUAUAUCUAUUAUUUCGCAAUCAGUAUCACGACCCAAUACUUUACAAAUAGAUGGACAACAUAUCAGCAAUGCAAUGUUGUUUACACCGAGCGAUUAUAACAAUCUUUUACUAUCGACACCAGAACUUCUUAAUGUGCUGGAAAUGCAAACGCCUAUUAAUGAACAAUCUUCAACAGGUUCUCAUAUAAUUGAUGGAAUGUUCUCACAGCCUAUCGACAAUAAUAAUACUCGUUUGAUGUUACCAACAACGAAUCAAUAUGAUUCUUCUGCAUGUCAAAUAGUGUCCAAUAAUGAUAUGCUAAAACAAGAAAAUAUUCCAAUCUAUCAUCUACCUCGAUCGAAUUCGCAAGCAUCGUCAUAUAAUCCAUCGGUGUCAUCAUUUGCCAUGGAUAAUGAUUCGUCUAAUUCGCAAGCAUCUUCCAGUCCGUCAUCAACAAGUCAACGAUCGAAACAACAAAAAGAUGAAUUACAACAUGUUCCAUCGAUGCGAACAAAAGCUCACGAUGAACCACCUGAUAUAGUACGAAAGGAAAAAAAACGUGAACGAAAUCGACAAGCAGCGCAAAAAUGUCGCACAAGAAAGUUAACACGCAUCGCUGAAUUACAAAAACGCGUUACUGAAUUACAAGGGAAAAAUAAAGAUUUAUCAAGCAUAGCCGAUUGUCUUAAAUCUGAUAUCACAAAUUUAGAAAAGAAACUAUGCGAUCAUCAUAACCAAGGAUGUGUAUUAAUGAAUGGAUCAAUAUUAUAA